CGAAAUCAGGAAACCUGUCAAACUAGUCUGUGUAAAUACUCUCUUGUGUGUAGUAUGUGCCUGUGUGGUGAUGAAAGGAAUUAUGUAGGUGACGAAGAACUGACGAGCUAUUCUAUACUUUCUAAAUAUAGAGAAGCUCUCUUGUCGCUUCGGUUAGACUUGGAUACGUACACAAUCCUGCACACUCGUUGUACGUUACAGGUCUCAGACACACGCUAAGACACCCGGAGACUCGCGUUGAGUUCAGCAUAUUCGGUUCUUCAUCAUUAAUACCGCAUACAGCUAGCCAACCAUGAAUCUAAGGAAAUUUUCUGCGAUUGCUCUGGCAUCGCUUGUGCACUGCGUGACUGCUGAAGAAAUCCAGGCUGUUGGUGGUGCUGAGCCGGCAGUACAGGCUCAUGGCCCUGUGGAUCUGAAUGCCGAAAACUUCCAACAACAUCUGGACAAGUACGAAUACACCCUCGUGGCCUUUGGCGCUCCCUGGUGUCCGUACUCUAAUGCUUUGCAGCCGGUGUUGGCGCAGUUGUCACAGGUGACUCAGGAACAGACUAACUUCGCUGUAGGGCGCGUCAACUGUGACGACCAGAAAGCAGUGUGUCAGCACAACCAGAUCACCAAGUACCCCACCAUCAAGUUCAUUCAGGAGGGUAUCACACGACCUCAGGAGUACAGGAGUGCGCGAACGGUCGGGGCUUUACAGACAUACAUUAAGAAAGAGAUGGAGCCUGUGGUGGCCCCACUAGGCAACUUGGACGUUGAUACGCACUUAGCAGAGAACAAAGCCAAGAAGGUAGUGAUUGCAAAGUUUAGACAUGGGCGAGACACGGGCGACUUCAAGGCGUUCGAUAACAUGGCCAAGACACUCAGGGGGCACUGCCAGUUCUACCACACAGAUCAGGACCAUCACUUCGAGGGUGCGGUGGGCAACCGAUUGAUUGUCCUGAAGAAACAUGACGACCAUGAAAUGUAUCCCGACCAGAACCCCGACGCAGAAGUACUAGACGACACAACUACCGCACACCUCAACGAGUGGCUGCAAGCACAGUGCAAGCCACUGAUUGACGAGCUCACUUUCGAGAAUAGCGAGGCCCUGGUGGAGGAAGGGAAACCGUUGAUGAUACUGUUCACUAAGCCAGACGAUAGCGAGAGCCGAGAGAUUUUCAAGAAGGCUGUGCGUGACCUAGUUGCGCACGAAGCUUCACGGUACUGCAAAGACUUUGUCAAGUUCCUGGUGGCCGAUGGCACGCAGUUUAAGCACCCGCUACAGCACAUCUCUAAGACCAUGGAUGAUCUGCCUGUGCUAGCCGUAGACUCGUUCAAGCACAUGUAUGACUUCGGCGACUUCCGGGACCUGCAGCACUCGGGGCGUAUCCAGACGUUCAUCAACAAUCUAUUCAACAACCAGCUGCAUGAGCGCUUCCACCACGGGGACAUGACGGCCAAGACGUGCAUGUGGCGACAGACUGGCGGGUGUAUAGCCGAUGGGCCGCGUGAGGUACACGCGGACAAGAAGUGUGACGCUGUACUAGACGCCAAGACAUCAGGUUUCUGCGAGUGUGGUGUGGAGCACUUUGGCGUUGUGCUGCGGAUGGACUGUGGCCAUGAAAAGACCACGUGCGAAGAAAAGUGUCAGAAAGCGCACGAAGACAGUCGCAAUGAGCGUCUUGCGCAGUGCAUGUUCAAACAGACGGCCAAGUGCGACCCCGAUGGCCCAGCAGAAGUCAACGAAGACAAAGACUGUCUCACCAUCAUCCACCACGGCACCUCAGGUCGCUGUGAGUGCUCACCCACUGGGCCUGUGCUCAAGUACACGUGCAAGCACGACCACUUCACGUGCAAGGACGUGUGCAUGAAGGAGAUGGCUCGCCUCGAGCACGAGAUCACCGGAGACAUCAAAGAGGGCCUGGCGGUGGACAAGGCCUUGACCGGGAAUGCGCACGAGUAUCAGAAAGGUCUGGUCGAGGAUAUGAAGAAGAACCACGCCGAGGCUGCUGCUGCUUCCGAGAAGCAAAAUAACGCACAGCGUGCGAUGGAUGCCGAACCCGAGGGUGAAUCCCAAUUUGAAAAGCUGGGCCCGAGCAAGCGGCGAUAUUCGUUUGUGGGAAAUCGUGAUGAGUUGUAGUUCUCUCGCCGUCUGUUUUGUCGGUGCAGAAGUACCGCGUGAGGUAGAGAUUUUGAUAGUGAAUAGGAUAUGUAUACGUUUUGACAGGCGCUCUGGGUAGUGUUCUGUCGGAAAUAAAGUGCAAGUAAUACGCAAGUUGCAAUUGGUGAGAUCGUUUAAUCUGCUAUACAGUACAUAGUGGGGUACUGCGCGUAAGCCUGUACGAUUUACCGUCUUCUCAUUAGUAAAUAUACUAUGGAUUCGGAUUUGCUUGAGAUGCGGUCGAAUACUACUGGGUCUCAAACAAAGCCAAAAGUAAUUUAUCAGACGUUAUAUGCUUGGGGUUAAGUUUGACACAGCGUUAAUAAUCAAUAGUCUCGGAAUGUGUGAAACUUCUCGCUCUGAGUCAGUUGGUACAAAACGAGCAUCCGCCCUGCAUGUUGCGUUUUGGCGCCAUCUAUGCUACAACCUGUUGUGACUGCAUUAUCUCACAGCUUCUUCAGAUAUCGUCGAUAUCUUAGCUUAAAAUUCAGGACGUAAUGGUCAGCUAUGUAUAAAAAUCCUAAAGCUUUAAAAGACUUUUAUCUGGGGGACUGCUGUGUGUAAGUGGAUACCUUGCUAGUGACUUUGGUUACCUUGGUGGUGAUGUUUGGGCGGGCGUAUUUUUUGUGCAGCAAAAGCAGAACCUGUAUCUCUCAUCACCAUGCGUCAUGACUUCUUCGGCCUGGCUGGAUUACGGUGAG